AUGUCUCACCUACCCGACACUUUCGUGCCAGGCUUCCACGAUGAAGAGGCCGUACGAAAAAUGGAGUACCGGGAACUGGGCAACACCGGAUUGAGAGUGUCCAAACUUGCUUUUGGCACGGGCGUCUUCUCCUAUUUUUAUGGUCAGGGUACUCUCGAGGAAUGGAAGGCGGCCCUCCACGCCGCCAUAAAAAGCGGCAUCAAUUUCAUAGACACCGGCCCAUGGUACGGACAUGGGGAGUCCGAGGAGGCUUUGGGAUACUGCUUGCAAGGUAUCCCCCGGAAGGCUUACUAUAUGGCCACCAAAGUGGGCAGAUACGAAGCCGACCUGAAGAAACGCUUCGACUUCUCGGCCAAAAAGACGAAGGAAAGCAUCGAGUUAUCCCUGAAGAGGAUGCAGCUGGACUACGUCGACCUCCUGCAAGUGCACGACGUGGAAUUUGCUCCGAGCAUUGAUGUAAUACUCAAUGAAACUCUUCCGACAGUCGCUGAAAUAGUACAAUCGGGAAAAGUUAAACACAUUGGGAUAACCGGAUAUCCUGUUUCAGUUUUGGCCGAAAUUGUUGAGAAAAGUACCGUCAAAAUAGAAACUAUUUUGAGCUACACCAGACUCACACUUAUUGACCACACUCUUGUGGAUUUCUUGCCACAGUUUCAAGGUUUGGGCGUGAUUAACGCAGCAGUUAAUGGAAUGGGUCUUUUGAGCUCUUACGGUACUAUGGAUUGGCAUCCGGCUCAACAGCAUAUUAAGGAUGUUUGCAAAGAAGCCAGAGAUUAUUGUGUGGCACAAAACGUGGAGUUAGGAAAACUGGCAGUUUAUUACAGUUUACAACAGUCUGGACCUCACACUACCCUUGUUGGAAUUAACAAUUUAAAAGUACUGAAUUGUAACUUGGAUGUUUUACAUAACGGACUCAACGACAAAGAAAAAGAAGUCCUUAAAUAUUUACAAAAUAACGUUUUCAAUAAGUUGGAGAAAAACUGUAACUGGGAAAACGUCGAAGUUAACGAAUACAAAAAAGCAAUACAAUCAUAAUUAGUUGCGUUUAAUAUAAUGGAAAUAAACGUCAUAUAUAAGAAAAA